AGCUUUAUGUUUCGAAGUGCUUUCAAUGCUUAAUUCUGUAUAAUAUUAGUCAAUUUAUUGGGACAAAUAUUGAUAGACUGUGAGUUAGAAAGAAUGCAUAUUAUACUUUUUGUAACAUUGGAAUACGAUGAGUCAUCACUUCCUAUAUAAAAUGUAGGGGAAAAUCAUUAACCACGAUCAACCGUAUUUACACCUGUAUUUAGCGUCGGAUUUAGAGCUAGAUGCGAUCGUUUGAUAAUAAAUUCCAUUUAUUUGACACAAAAGGUCGCACUUAAUAUAUGACGGUUAAAAUUAGCCCUAAAUAUGCUGUUAAACAAUAAGUUUAAAGCUGUCGGUGCAAUUUAUUCCAUUUAUUCGAGAACCAUCGCUGUUCCAUCAACGAUCCACCCAUUCGUGCGCAUCGUAUCGCGUCCUGUCGAACAGCGCCGAGCGGACCGAGCGCACCGAAUGCGAACUGACGCGAACACGGCCGAAAGCGCCAAUAGCGGGGGAAACGUGUUUCGGUUGUGAAGCUCGGGGUAUUCGCGGGGCGAAGGGGGUAGGAAGUAAACGUGAGGCGCGGAGACGGAGGGUGCGAUUCGGGCGCAUUCGACAGUGUUCGGUUGGCCACUGGUGUCGCUAGUGGCACUUCGGUAAAGCAUUGGUGGGGUUAGGGACGAUGCAUGGGCAGCGACUAGGAGGCACUCGGGAGGCAGGGAGGGCAUGCGAACGACGGUGGAGCUCACAGUUCGGUAGUCGCCAUUGCGAGUCCCCUCGUGUCUCACAAGCAUCGCGACACUUCGUAUACGCGUGGAGCCUCAGGACUCUAUUUUUCCGCUUAACCCAAUAUAAUAUAUUCCCCGUCGUGGGCCCCCCCAUGCGCGAUAUCCCGAUGCAGAGAUAUUGCAGCGAACUCACCGAAAAAUUGUUAAAAUCUCUUGACAAGGAAUACAAUGUCGUGGACAUGCGAACUGUUGUGGAUGUUAUUUCGGCACUGGAAAAGACCACAAUCACUAAAGAAGUGCUGGAGAUUACGAGACUUGGGAAACACAUCAACGAGCUUCGUCGAAAGACGAGUAAUGAAGCCUUGGCCAAGCGUGCGAAGGAUUUGGUACGCCGCUGGCGAGACAUGGUUUUACCACCGGUACACUCUACACCGCAGCCUACCUUGGCUGACACAGCACCAUCGGCUCUCAAUGGCGCCUUCAGAAAUCUCAAGCCCCAGAGUCCUCUAUUACGAGGAUCGUCGUUAGCACUCAUGACGCUCAAGCCUCAUAGUCCCUCAUUAAGAGAUGCCACUACUCCCCUCAGAGUGCUCAGUCCGGCGCUGUCCGUGCACAGCGACCACUCACGAUCUCCUAACGCAUCCUCGAACAACAAACAGUCAAUUACACCGACCAGCAAUCACAGGAUAAGUUCCUGCUCGAGGAAUGCGUCGCCGGUGCUCGGUUCCUCGAGUCAGAAUCAUGCCACAGAAGCGGUGCCGCGUACACACAGUUCCAACAAGCGGUUGCGAAAAGAGGAGAGCGGCAAGGAGCAAAGUCAGCACUACCAAUCGCCGCACGGAACCGCGCCGACGAUGGAGCAAGUCAAGAAGCAGCGGCUCAACGGCGAGAACAUAAGUGGUAAUUUAAAUUCGCAAGUGCCUAGCCCUACACUGAAGGAACGAAUCUCCGAACGUCUCACGGAGAUUUCCCUCGAGGCCACGGACGACAACUCAGGCCCGAAGAAGCGCGGCCGGAAGAAGGGCAGCAAGUCCGUGAAGCAGCAGCCGCUGCCGGAGGACAGCGUGAAGGAGAAGCUGGCCAGUAUCUCGAGGAAUCCCAAAUUAAAGACCACACAGGAGCUGUUGGCCGAUCUGCAAGCGCGCGGAAGCAACUGUAACCCCAUCGCCAGCGCGAAUGCCCAACCUAGUCAAAGCGUCGCGGAACCGCCCAGUAUGGAGGAUGUUCUGCGAGGCAGCAGCAACGAGCAGGUGUCCAAGUAUUUGCGUUGCUCAAGCCAGAAGAACUCCCAAAGUCUCCAUAGAAAUCUGGCCUCCUCUGAGACGUCGUCUGCCAACCAGCAACGAUCGACCAAAGCACACGGGACUCGGUCGAAAUCCGAGGAGAACUGUCGCGAGUCUUCGUCCGAGUCGUGUCAGGACAGAUUGCGCGAGGACGACAGAUCAGCGGACGCCACCGCCGGGUCAUCGACGUGUCGAGUGUCCGGAAACCUGACGGUUGAGGAGAUACUGGCCAAGUUACCACCUUUAGAUCGCAACGCGAUAGAUUGGAGCGAUUACGAGGAGCAGAAUGGUGCCGAGUGUUCGCCGCCACCGCGAGAUGUUAACGCCGAGGAUCUCGAGAGGUUACACUCGCAGUUCAUCGAAGGACUUAACGGUAACUACCAGCCGAGGUUGUCGGCGGACGCGUGUUCCAACAGUGACGAGCGCUCAAACGCUAGGGACGGCGAGAACCGAGUGUCGUCCGGAUUGUCGAACGUGGAUAGUGUAAAAAGUGUGCAUAACAACCAGACUGACAGUACGGAGUUUCGGGAGUGGCAUCAGAUGCUAGCGAGGCCCAGUUACCAGGGCGAUACCCUCCACAUAAUGCCUUAUGUUAUUAUCGAUUAGUGAUUUUAUUAUCUUAUUCUAUUGUCCCCUUUCCCGCCUGAGAAAAAAAGAAUUGUGAGGAGAACCUGCAAAUAUUAAAAGUGAUCGAUCGGCGUCUUGAUCGAUCAGUCAGUCUAUUGAAA